ACCUUUAUAUACCCCAGACUUCUCGCGCUGCGCCUCUGACAUAUCUUUCCCCACAAUCAUCGUACAGAUAUAUACAGACUUGCGCUUUGAAGCCCUUCACGCAUAACUCGAGUUGACCAACACAUCCUACAAUACACACGGCCAUCAUGUCUCUCAAGAACGACGCUUUCCCUACCUCCGCCGCCUUUGACGCGAUCGCGCAGUCCCUUUCUUCCGAAGCCGACCGCAAGGACGCUAUCAAGCAAGCCAACGCCAUCUUCGCCUUUACCCUAAAGAACAACGGCGCACAGGAGACAUGGUACAUUGAUCUUAAGGAGACGGGCACAGUCGGAAAGGGUGCCGCGCCUGAUGGAAAGACUCCUGAUGUCACCCUGAUCACGAACGAUGCCGACUUCGCAAAGCUAGUCGCGGGCAAGGCGAAUGCACAGAGGAUGUUCAUGUCAGGGAAAUUGAAGGUCAAAGGCGCUGUGAUGAAGGCCGCUAAAAUAGAGCCCCUGUUGAAGAAGGUGCAGACAAAGGCGAAGUUGUAGGUGGUUGUGGUGGUUGUGGUAUUGUGAAGGUCACAUUGUAUAUAAUACCCCAUAUGGGGAUCUAAAUACAUAUGGAUUGGCAACAUGAAAG